AUGUCUCUAUUGAAAAAUUUAUUUCAUAGAGGCCACACAUUGUGUACUGACAACUGRUACACCAGUAUCGAUUUAGCGAAUCGUCUAAUAGAAAAAAACACACAUUUGAUUGGAACACUUCGAACAAAUCGUAGGGAAAACGAAAAUGAUGUGAUAAGAACUAAUUUGAACCGUGGAGAACUUAUAGCUAAAGAAAAUAAUCAGGGUAUUACAGUGUUGAAAUGGAAAGACAAAAGAGAUGUUUUGGUCCUGUCCACAAAACAUUCCAGUGAAAUGAUAAACGGAAAAACAAAACGCGGAUUUUGCUAUAAACCACAAAUUAUAGCUGAAUAUAAUACAGCAAAAACAUCCAUUGAUUUAUCAGAUCAAAUGAGUGCGCAUAGCAGUCCCUUGAGGAAAAUACUCAAAUGGUAUAAAAAGUUAGCCUUGGAGUUAUGUUUGAACACCGCUGUGAUCAAUUCGCACUUUGUCUUCCAAGAAGUAACAGGACAAAAAAUAUCAGUUACGGAAUUUCGGAGACAAUUGGUGAAUAGACUGACACAGCGAGAAGAUGAAAAAAUUCCGCAUCGCGAAGGAAAAAUUCUUCAUAAAUUGCAGAAAAAGGAAGGAAGCGUCCAUACAGUUCGAAAAUAUUCUUCUGGUUGUUAUGCUGACAAUUCAAAAUUAUGUAGGCGCAAGAAAGCCAAAAAUACAACAAAAAAAGUUGUUACAUUUUGUUACGUGUGUAAAUACCAGCCAUACGUUUGCUUAGAAUGCUUUAAUAAAGCUCAUUAA